UGAUCAUGUGAUAUAUGCAUUUACAAGCAAGAUGGCGGUGACCGAUGGAAAUUGGGAGUUUGAUAAAUUUGACGAUGGUUCAACAAAAAUAGUUGGGGAGCUGCAAUUAAAGAAGUAUGGAUUGUUUAUGGAGGAAUAUGCAACACAGCUGAGGGAGAUUGAGGAUGCAUUGGACGACUCUAUUGGAGAAUCCUGGGAUUUCACACUGGACCCUAUUGCUCUUCAACUUUUGCCAUAUGAACAGACAAGUUUGCUGCAGUUAAUAAGGACAGACAACAAGAUUUUCAACAAAAUCAUCACAGUUCUGGCGUCCCUGUGCUCGGAGAUGAGUGCUCUGAUACACGAGGCUGAGAAUAAAUUCUUCAAUGCACUUAUCUUUUACGGAGAAGGAGAGCCUGAAAAAGGUCUUGCUGAGGGAGAAGCCCAAGUACAGAUAGGGCGAAUCAUGCCAUUAAUUCAGGAGCUUUCCUGCUUUGUAAAUAGAACCAAUGAAGUAGUAAAGAAUGUCAUUCAGCAGUUUGCUUGUCUGUUUUCUGUAGUAAGGAAUGGUCCUAAGCUGUUAGAUGUCAGUGAUGUCCACUUUCAAGUGGUGUAUGAACAUCUCGGAGAUCUACUUGGGGUGUUAAUUACACUGGACGAAAUCAUCGAGAAUCAGGCAACACUGCGGGAACACUGGACCCUGUACAAAAGAAUGCUGAAAUCUGUCCACCAUGAUCCAGGGAAAUUUGGAAUUGCUCCAGAGAAGAUCCGGCCAUUUGAAAAAUUGAUCAUGAAGCUAGAGGGCCAGUUGUUGGAUGGAAGAAUAUUUCAGGACUGUGUGGAACAACCCUUUGACACCCCCACUGUAUAUGUCAGUAAAAACCCAAACCUGGCUGAGGAGUUUGCAGUCAGCAUCAAAGAUUACUUAGCAGAGCUGGAAGCCAGGAUAGGAGAAGCUAAUGAAAUGGACCAGAGAUAUAAAUUUGUGGGCCUAUGUGGGUUAUACAUCUUACAUUUCCAAAUAUUCAGGGUCAUUGACAAAAAGGUCUUCAAGAGCAUAUGGGAUGUGCAUAAAAAGAUUCCUGCAAUCCACCUGUUAGGAAACAUUGUGUGGUUCCCUACUGAGUUCCUGUUAAGUAAGAUGCCACAGGUGGACAAACUGCUGGACAGGAAGGCCAAGGAUGCAGUGACUGCCACAAGGUCAUCAUGGCUGACCCAGAGACAACAGAUGCUUACAAAAGAUGUCCAGAAUUUCCACACUACAGUAAUGGCCUGGAUGGUAGAAAUGGAGUCUAGCAUGUCCAAAACAAACUCCUUAAUGGAGGACCUUAACCACAGAUGUGUGCUCUUCAUACAGGGAGUACUCCAUGCCUAUAACAUUAGUCACCUGGUGAGGACGACUAUGAACCUACAUGUCGCCAUGUCUAAACCAAUGACCAAGUCAUGUCUCCUCUCACUGUGUCGACUCAUUGAGCUACUCAAGGCUAUAGAACACACCUUCCAUGGAAGAACUAUGUUGAUUGCUGAGUCAGUGAACCAUAUUGUACAACAUCUCAGCUUCAUCUGCCUCAGUAGUAUUGGGGUGGCCAAGAAGAGAAUAACGUCAGAUAAGAGAUACAGUGAGAGACGAUUGGAUGUUUUAUCUGCCCUGGUUCUAGCAGAGACUGCACUGAAUGGACCAGGCACCAAGGAGAGACGUUUGAUCACUCACCUGGCUUUGGCUCUAGGCACAAAAAUGAAAACCUUCAAAGAUGAUGAGUUGCAGAAUUUGAUGGGAACAUUAAAGAAAAUGGAAGUCAUCUGUGAUCUAAGGGAGAAGGUCAGACAGGCCUGUGACUGUACAUUUUUUUACUGGCAUCGAGUGAUCCUCCCCAAUUAUCUCACAGACAUGUGUGAGAAUGUCACAGACACUCAUAGAAUACAUUACAUGUUUGGUGCCUUGAGAGACUGUGUUCCUAGAAUGGCUGCUGUACGUCACAUGGCAUCACCAAGGGAAUUGAUGAAUGCCUAUGAUAGAGAAGUCUAUGAAUAUUUUAAGGAGCACCUGUUGGAUCCUUUGUGUCAGUCCAUUGAGACAGACUUACGUCUACAGAUCCACACUCAUCUACAACUGGAUGACAGAAAUCCAUUUAAAGUGGGUCUGAAGGAUCUGUCACACCUCCUCAAAGUCCGACCAAUCAGAUUGUUUGAUAGAUUGAUCAAUAUCAAAGCUUAUGUGGAACAUUACCUGAACAAGACCUUCUACAACCUAACUACGGUAGCUCUUCAUGACUGGAAGACAUACGGAGAGAUGAAGAAUAUGGCUCAGCAAAAGUACUGUUUAAGUCUGUUAGAAUCCCACUUACCCAGCCAAACACUGGAACAGGGAUUGGAUGUACUGGAGAUUAUGCGUAACAUCCAUGUGUUUGUCUCCAGAUACAUGUACAACCUCAAUAACCAAAUUUUUGUGGAGAGAUCAAGCAAUAAUAAGCACUUGAACACUAUCAACAUCAGACAUAUUGCCAACUCCAUUAGGACCCAUGGGACUGGUAUCAUGAACACCACAGUCAACUUUACAUACCAGUUCCUGAGGAAGAAGUUCUAUGUAUUCUCUCAGUUUCUCUAUGAUGAACACAUCAAGUCAAAGUUGAUAAAGGAUUGGAAAUUUUUCAAGGAAAACCAUAUGCAAACUGACCAAAAGUAUCCUGUGGAGAGGGCUGAUAAGUUCAACAAAAACAUCAAGAAUCUUGGCUUGACCCCAGAUGGAGAGAGUUACCUUGAUCAGUUCCGAACCCUCAUAUCUCAGAUAGGGAAUGCUAUGGGUUACAUUCGUAUGAUCCGGUCUGGAGGUCUGCACUGCUGUAGCAAUGCCAUCCGGUUUAUUCCUGAUAUUGAGGAUAUUGUGAGCUUUGAAGAUUUGUGUAAGGAGGAGAAUUUGUCCAUGGAGUGCCAAACUGCUGCCAAAAACCUGGACAAUGUGGUUGGAAAUUUAGCCAGAAAUUUUGCAGAGGGAACUGAAUAUUUCAAAAUGUUAGUGGAUGUGUUUGCCCCAGAGUUCAGGAAUCCCAAGAAUAUGCAUCUUAGGAACUUCUUUGUAAUUUUACCUCCACUGACAGUGAACUUUAUUGAACAUUCCAUCAGUGUCAAAGAAAAAAUGAGCAGAAGGAAUAAAGUUGGAGCAGCAUUUACAGAUGAUGGGUUUUCUAUGGGGGUGGCCUAUAUCUUAAAGCUAUUGGACCAGUAUCAGGAGUUUGAUUCCUUGCACUGGUUUCAGUCUGUCAAAGAUAAAUACAGGACAGAGAAGGAAAAACAAAAACAGGCCUUGGCCAGCAGAGGUGAUGAGAAAUCACAACAGACCAUCACCUUAACAGUCAAAAGACUGGAUCAGUACCAGCAGGAAUAUGACCUCCUGAACUACUCUCUAAGCAGUGCUAGAAUUUUCUUCCGUGCAGAUAAAACAGCAGCAGAGGAAAGCGAAGAAAAGAAAGAAGCAGGUGGGGAGCAGGGUGGAAGUUCUGACCAGUCCCCAGCCCCCAGUCAAACUACAGAGGCUCCAGCAGAUUCCACUGGACCACCCCCUCCAUCAGCUCCUGCCCCACCCCCAGCCCCAGCCCCUCCCCCUCCAGCUCCUGCACCUCCCUCUGGUGGUGCUCCUCCUCCACCACCUCCUCCCCCACCACCACCACCUCCCCCACCCCCUCCACCUCCAAUGUAAAGGAGGGAUGAACCCUCAAAGUGCAGGAGGCUUUGAACAAGGAAGGACAUAUGUGCAAUGUUACCCUAGAUACAAAGACAUUCCAAGUGUUUCAAAGAUUUGAGCCUAUAAUUCACAAACUCUUUAUCAGCCUUUAAUGCAGCUUAAUUCAAAAUAAGAACCAUGAAAGGACAUUUACCUGAAGAUGCUGAUGUUGAUGCGAAAACUACUUUUGUGUUACCCAGGCAUCACCGUAUACACAAUAUUAGCUAUAUAUAUUAACUUAAUUCAUUACAUAUCUGUGCCAAAUGAUGAUAUUGAACAAUGUUACAGUACUGCAGUGAGUUUAAAAUAAAUAUAUGUAUGAAGACCGA